GCAAGAGGCAAGUAGCUAGCUGCAAGGAGCUAAGCCAGUGAAGAAAGAGAGGCAGCAGCUAUAUAGGCAUAGAUGGCUAGCAUGGCGGCGAAGGUAUCCUUGUGGGUGGUGGUAACGACGAUUCUGGUGCUAGUAGUAUUUGGAGCUGGUGGAGACGACGACAAGCAGCAGGCGGCGGCGGAUGGCUCGCCGGACUACGCCGAGGCGCUGGGCAAGGCCAUCCUGUUCUUCGAGGGCCAGCGGUCGGGGCGGCUGCCGGCGAAUCAGAGAGCUCGCUGGCGCGGGGAUUCCGCCCUUAACGACGGCCGCCAAGAAAAUGUGAAUCUGACGGGAGGCUACUACGACGCCGGCGACAACGUCAAGUUCGUGUUCCCGAUGGCGUUCACGGUGACCCUUCUGAGCUGGAGCGCCGACGAGUACCGCGGCGAGGUCGCGGCGGCCGGGCAGCUUGGGAACCUCCGGGCCGCGAUCCGUUGGGGCGCAGAUUUCCUUCUCCGGGCACACACCUCUCCCACUACCCUCUACACGCAGGUUGGGGAUGGGAACGCGGACCACCAGUGCUGGGAGCGGCCGGAGGACAUGGACACGCCGAGGAGUCUGUACAAGAUCACCGCAGACUCGCCCGGGUCGGAGGCUGCUGGCGAAGCGGCCGCGGCGUUGGCAGCGGCCUACCUCGUGUUCAAGGACGACAGCGACAAGACUUUCUCCUCGCGGCUCCUGGCUGCGGCCAGAUCGGUGUUCGAGUUGGCCAACAACUACAGGGGAUCCUUCCAGUCAUCCUGCCCCUUCUACUGCUCCUACUCUGGGUUUCAGGAUGAGCUGCUCUGGGCCUCCGCAUGGCUCCACCGGGCGACGCAGGAUGCCACGUACCUCGACUUCCUGGUUGACAACGAGGGCUCCAGCAACCCUGUAAACGAGUUCAGCUGGGACAACAAGCUUGCUGGAGCUCAAAUGCUCGCAACACAGGAGUAUCUGAGAGGAAAGACAGAGCUAGCAAGGUACAAAGACAAUAUGGACGCCUUUGUCUGCGCCCUGAUGCCCAACAGCGGCAACGUGCAGAUACAGACCACUCCUGGAGGGCUUCUGUUUACGCGUGAUUCAGUCAAUAUGCAGUACACUGUGACCGCGGGUCUCCUCCUGUCCAUCUACUCCAAGGCGCUGAGGUCUUCGGGCUCCUCCGGCGGAGUCCGUUGCAGUGCUGCAAGCUUCUCUCCGGUUCAGAUCAUUACAUUUGCCACGUCACAGGUGGAUUACAUCCUGGGGAAGAACCCCAUGGGCAUGUCCUACAUGGUGGGGUUCGGCACCAAGUUCCCGAGGCGCAUCCACCACCGCGGCUCGUCCAUCCCGUCGAUCAAGAUUCUCAGCAGGACAGUUCCCUGCAGAGAAGGGUUCUCAUCAUGGUUGCCGACGAGCGACCCAAACCCGAACAUCCAUGUUGGAGCGAUCGUGGGAGGACCAAAUGGGAAUGACCAGUUCAGCGACGACAGAGGGGAUUCCUCACACUCUGAGCCAGCAACAUACAUCAAUGGAGCCUUUGUGGGUGCCUGUGCUGCUGCAAGGGGGCAGAAGCAGUUGGUGAAGCUGGAGGAGCCUGCCCAUAACUUAGCACCAACGUUAUCAACUUACUAAAGCAGACAGAAAUUCACCCAAUAAAUGUGAGAAAGAAUAUAUGUUCUAUUGCUAAGUUUCCAUGUGUGAGAUUGCCUUGUAACAUCUGCAUUUACUAGUACUCUUCUGUACCGGUCGUGCUAUCCCGUGUAUUAUAAGAUCAUAAGAGGAAAUAAAUAUUGUAACAAGUUUAUACCA